AUGGCAGGCAUGUCUAGCUCUUCUUCGGACGAGGAAUCGAUGGAAAGGAGGGAAUACGGGAUACAGCCUUAUCGAUUUGAGCCGAAACGGUCGGCAGGUCAGCCACAGUCCGACGAGGAAGAGAGGGAGGACGAGGAAACGCCACUGACUGGGGGGAUAGACUUUGCCGCGCAAGUGACAGCACAUGUCAGUACAUGGUGUACAUGUGAUAACUGUGCAGGGCCGCUCGAGAAUCCGUUGAUGCACUUCUGCUGUCAUGAGUUGGCAGAACUCGAGGACCGUUUAUGCACUGACGAUCUUGAUUGCAUACUCCUGCACAGAGCCUUUGAGAAGUGCGUAUUAGACAAGGAUGUCUUGAGGAUGACUUUGGUGGUCAUGAAGGAUGUGAAGAAAGCAAGUCUGACUGAGCCCAUACGUAACAGGACAUACAGAUUAGCUGCCUACAGAUGCUUCACUUGGUGGACACAUGACAGGCUUGGCCGGAAAGUUAGGAAAGUCAUACCCUCUUGUGUGGUUGUAGCUACCCGGAAGAGGUAUCCAGAGCCUGAUGGGAAAUAUACCGGUUUUAGGGAAGUUGACGAGACUGACAACACAGCCCACCCUGACUGA